UCGUACAUUUUUCGUCAAAUUCUAUAAGAUUAACAUAAUUACACAGCAAUAUUGGUCCCACUUUACGUUCCGUAAAUCAGUUCCCUCUUUCGUCUAUACUAACCUUACUUGCUUCCACCUUCACUACUCGACACCAACACUCAUAUCACUCCCUCCUUCCUCAAUACACAACAUCCAAACUCACACUACUAUCUCUCUCUAUUCAUCUUUCAUUGUUCCUCAUUUCCAUCCAUGCCCUCCUCCCUCCUCGAAUACGUUUUGGCGGAUGUUGGUGAAAAAACAAGGGCCGCCGCCUGCCCAAGAGGGUGCGGCAGCUGGAGAGGGAAGUAAUAAUGGUAAUAGUAAUAGUAAUAGUAGUAGUAGUAAUGAGGAUGAUACUAGUACUAGUGGAAGUUGGAGCAGUAACCCCGCAAUUGAGUGCUAUGCAUGCACUCAAGUCGGGGUUCCCGUAUUCCACUCCACUAGUUGUGAUCGAGCUGGUCAACCUGAAUGGGAGGCCUCUGCGGGGUCCUCCCUUUAUCCAAUUCGAACCCGAACUGAAUUACGUUCUCGGUCCAAACAGGCCAAGGGAAAGCGUGGCUCCAUCCAGAGAUGGCCAACUGGCUUGUUUGGACCGAUACUAGACCCAAGGAGCGAAAGAGUACGAAGGUGGAACCGUGUCAUCUUACUCGCUCGGGCCGUGGCCUUAGCCAUUGAUCCUGUUUUCUUCUAUGCUCUAUCCAUUGGGCGAGAUGGAUCAUGUCUUUACAUGGAUGGGGUUCUAGCAGCGGUGGUUACUGUCAUUCGCACGUGUGUGGAUGUUAUUCACCUGUGGCACGUGUGGCUCCAAUUCCGGCUUGCGUACGUGUCAAGGGAAUCACUCGUUGUUGGGUGUGGGAAACUCGUGUGGGAUGCACGUGCCAUUGCUUCACAUUAUGGACAUUCAUUGAAAGGCUUCUGGUUUGAUCUUUAUGUUAUACUUCCAAUUCCACAGAUUGUAUUCUGGUCUAUUGUGCCAAUGUUACUAAGACAAGAUCGAAUACAGAUUUUGAUGACGAUAUUGCUGCUUAUUUUUCUAUUCCAAUUUCUACCCAAAGUUCACCAUAGCAUUUACUUAAUGAGGAAAAUGCAAAAGGUCACUGGAUAUAUCUUUGGAACCAUUUGGUGGGGAUUUGGACUUAAUCUCAUUGCCUAUUUCAUUGCUUCUCAUGUUGUAGGAGGAUGUUGGUAUGUUCUUGCAAUACAGCGCGUUGCAUCUUGUCUGUCACAGCAAUGUAACAGACAUGGGAACUGUAACAUGUCUUUGUCGUGCUCAAAGGGAAUUUGUUACCAGUUUUUUCAGCGACCAAGUACAAUAGAAAGAUGCAAUGCUAACUCCACUGUGAACAACAUGAUGUCCUUUUGUUUGGAUGAUAACGGACCUUUCAGCUAUGGAAUUUACAGCUCUGCUAUUCCUGUCAUAUCUAGUAACGCUGUUAUUAUUAAGAUCCUUUACCCCAUAUCAUGGGGUUUAUUCCAGUUGAGUACUUUUGGCAACAAUUUAACUCCAACAAGCCAAUGGGCCGAAGUAUUAUUUUGUAUGUGUCUUGUGCUUGGUGGCUUAAUGCUUUUCACCUUAUUGAUUGGAAACAUUCAGGUAUUCUUGCAUACUGUAAUGGCAAAGAAGAGAAAAAUGCAAUUAAGGUGUCGAGAUAUGGAAUGGUGGAUGAGGCGAAGACAGCUACCAUCUCGUUUAAGGCGUAGAGUUAGUCAUUUUGAACGUCAGAGUUGGCUGACUACAGGAGGAGUUGAUGAAAUGGAGUUGAUCAAAGACCUACCUGAGGGGCUCCGGCGUGAUAUCAAGCGUUAUCUUUGCCUUGACCUCAUAAAAAAGGUUCCACUAUUUCAUUGUUUGGAUGAUCUUAUCCUUGACAAUAUCUGUGACAGAGUCAAACCAUUAAUAUACUGUCAAGAGGAAAAGAUCAUGACGGAAGGAGAUCCAGUUCAGAGGAUGGUGUUCAUCGUUCGUGGAAAAAUAAAAAGCAACCAAAACCUAAGCAAAGGCCUAGUUGCAACAGACACGCUGCAACCAGGAGCGUUCCUUGGUGAUGAGCUCUUAUCUUGGAGCCUUCGAAGACCAUUUUUACAUCGACUACCAGCUUCCUCAGCAACAUUUAUUUGUCUUGAAUCGACUGAAGCUUUUGGACUUGAUGCAUAUGACCUACGUUACAUCACCGAGCACUUCCGUUAUAAGUUUGCCAAUGAUAGCCUAAGACGGACCUUAAGGUACCAUUCUUCUAACUGGAGAACUUGGGCAGCAGUAAACAUACAGUUUGCUUGGCGGCGUUAUAUGAAGAGAACAAGAGGUUCAGGGACUCAUGUAGUCUCUCAUAGUGGAGAUACUGAGAAAAGACUCCUUCAGUUUGCUGCUAUGUUUAUGUCUAUUAGACCACAUGAUCAUCUCGACUAGAACCCAUUUUGUUUUCAUUGUUUCGUCUUUAAGGAGAAACUAAUAAAGCUUAAUUAAGCUACCUCUAUAUAAACUUUUUAUUUUUAUUUUUUUUAAUUAUUUUUGUACGUUUUGUUGUUUUUUCACUGCUAUUGAUACGGGUAUAGGCUUUGAAAAAUUAA